AUGAAGCUCUCCGCCGUUUUUGCCACACUGACUGCUUUGGCCGGCGAGGCCACUGCAAAGGCCGUGUUCGCCCACUUCAUCGUCGGGAACGUAUACGAGACCUACACAACUGACAAAUGGACGAGCGACAUUCAGCUGGCCCAGGCGUCCGGCAUCGACGGCUUCGUGUUGAACAUCGCCACUCCCCUGAGCGAGGACUUGCGCACUCAGAUCGCUGCCGCUUUCACUGCCGCCAACGAUCUGGCCAGCGAUUUCAAGUGCUUCUUCUCCUUUGACUACCUAGGUGGCUCAGGGGCCUGGGAUUACGAGGACAUCAUCUCGCUCAUGACAGAGUAUGGGUCGAACUACGCUUACCAGAAGGCUACGAGGGAUGGUACCAGCCUGCCCUUCGUUUCGACAUUCGAGGGUGGCGCCUACGCCAGCAACUGGACCACCAUCAAGUCAGAGGUCGAUGUCUACCUCGUUCCGGAUUGGACUGGCUCAGGGUCGGAUGUGGUGAAGGCAAACAUUGAUGCCGGCGCAAGCAUCGAUGGCUUCUUCAGCUGGGAUAUGUGGCCUGAAGGUGCAAAUGACAUGACCACCACUCCAGACACCACCUGGCAGGGAAUCCUUGGCGACAAGGACUACAUGAUGGGUGUCAGCCCUUGGUUCUUUACCGACCUGGAGGGCUACGGGAAGCAGCGGCUCUGGCGUGGCGACGACUUGUGGGCGCAGCGCUGGGACCAGGUCAUGGAAGUCGAUCCCGAGUGGGUCGAGAUCGUCACAUGGAAUGACUACGGCGAGUCUCACUACAUCGGGCCCAUCUGGGAGGCUGGCAUCCCUCAGGACACGGCGAACAAUGCCGACGCCCGUUGGUACGUCGAGGGAAUGGGCCACCAGCACUGGCGUGACCUCCUUCCCUACUACAUCGCCCGCUACAAGAAUGGCGAGGCGCCGGAAGUGACUGAGGAGAAGAUCAGCUGGUGGUACCGCCUGACACCCAAGGCUGCUGGUACCACGGACGUCACGGGCAACGAUUGUUCUUACCAGACCUGCCUGGACCCCAACGACAUUGUUCAGGACGAGGUCUUCUUUACCGCACUGAUCAGCGAUGCCUCGAACACCAACGUUGUGGUCCAGAUCGGCGAUAACGAUGCCGUCUCCCACGCUGCCACGGCCGUGGGUCCCAAUCACUUCAGCCAAGCUUUCAAUGGGCAGCUCGGCAAUGUGACGUUCUCAAUCGUUAGAAACGACGAGACGGUACUGACUGGAACGGGUUAUGCGAUUGUUGCCGAGCCGGCCAACGGCGAGAGGAAUUACAACGCGUAUGUUGGUGGUGUGCCUGAUACGUAUGAUGAGUUGUGA